CUUGUGUCCGCUCUUGCUGCGAUCGCUCCGCCCAGACCCAGACCCAGACCUAGGCUCCAGUUCCGCCGACACCAUGUCCGCCCUCAAGCAGAUGAAGGUCGCUCUCAGAAAGGAGUGGAAGAACGUCGUGCCGACCCUCUCCGAUGCCGUCGUUGCGGAGGAAUCCGCCAAGGUCGCUGCCCGACUAUGGAUGCUCCCGCAGUAUCGCCGGGCGCAGAACGUGUGUGUCUAUAUCAGCAUGAAGGGCGAGAUCUCGACCCAGGGAAUCAUCGAGGCGCUCUUUGCUGAAGGCAAGAACUGCUACAUUCCGAGAUGGCACGGCGACGUCAUGGACAUGGUCAAGCUCAAAUCCCUCGAGGACUAUCGCAGCCUCCCACUCAACCGAUGGAAUAUUCCCGAGCCCGACCACAGCGAAGUUCGGGAGAACGCUCUGGAAGCCAACGGCCUUGAUCUGAUCAUCAUGCCGGGGGUUUACUUUGACAAGGAGGGAUGGCGACUGGGUCAUGGCAAAGGUUACUACGACCGCUAUCUCGACACCUGCGAGGCGUUUGCCCGCAGUCGCAGCAUCGAAAAGCCAUUCACCGUGGCCCUUGCGCUCUCGGCCCAGAUCCUGGCGACAGGAACUGUGCCCCGCGACACGCACGACCGCAAGCCCGACCUGGUUCUCGCUCCUGAUGUCGAGCUUGGGCAGUGAGCAGACGAAGCAGGAUCUGAGCCCGCCUCACCUGUCCGCUGCGAUCUGCUGAUCCAGGCGCCGCUGAGUGUUGCUGCCUGCGUUCGUGGGAGAGCUGCUUCCAUCCGCCCACUCUCUCGGCUGUUCUGGUCUUGGUCGGCGUGGGGUGUGUCGCACGUGAGCGUUUUUCUUUCUGCCCUGGCACUGAAAUACACCGCCGAUCGCCCCAGA